GGCGGAGGCAGCGGAGGCAUGAAACGAAUCGAAGGCUCUAGUGAGCAAGAGCGGGAAGCAAAGUUCUUUCCUCCUACAAAAAAGAGCUGCUAUAAAUAUUUUGGUGUGUAUGGGGACUUUCUUCUUAUCAGUGACCUCCUUGAUAUAUAACCUGCAAUGGAAUCUCUGAAUCAAAAGAAGCAGAGGCUUCUUAAAGAACUUGGAAACAGAUGGCUUCCUUAUCUAACCCCCAAAGAUGCUGAAUUCUACCAGCUGUGGCAGGAGAACUAUUCCAAACUGGUUCUCCGAGAAGCCAAUAGAAUCCCUGAGUUGCUGCAUAACGAAGUUCAGCAAGCCUUUCUCACCUUGAGGAAGCAUGGAUGUUUAUUCCAGGAUCUGGUCCGAAUCAAAGGGAAAAAUCUACUCACACCAGUAUCUCGUCUUCUCAUUGGAAACCCAGGGUACACCUAUAAGUAUUUAAACAGCAGGCUCUUCACUGUUCCAUGGCCUGUGGAAGGUUCCAACAUAAAAUAUACUGAAGAUGAAAUAUUUGCAGCUUGUAGAGCCUUCUUUAAGCUCAAUGAUUACCUGCAGAAAGAUACAAUGCAGGCUUUGGACAAGUUACACUCGAUCAAAUCCGAGCAAGAUGAAGACAGUACAAUCUUUGGAAUGGUACCAGAGGUCUCCAAGAGUGGUUUGGAUGUGGGCGUUGAUAUGGAACUCAAGAAGAGGACAACCUACAAUUUGACUCUGUUGAAUUACAUGGAUCCCCAAAAAAUGUCAUACUUGAAAGAAGAGCCUUAUUUUGGCAUGGGGAAAAUGGCUGUGAGCUGGCACCAUGAUGAGAAUCUAGUAGACAGGUCAACAGUCGCAGUAUACAGCUACAGCUGUGAAGGCCCUGAAGUGAUCGAUGAUGAUGAGCUGAGUCCAGAAGGGAGAAACCCUGCUGUUUGGCAUGUGGGUCUGAAGAUAGCCUGGGACAUAGAGACACCUGGUUUGGCAGUACCGCUCAAUCAAGGAGACUGCUAUCUUAUGCUAGAUGAUCUUAAUACAACCCAUCAACACUGUGUCCUGGCUGGUUUGCAACCUCGAUUCAGUUCUACCCACAGAGUGGCAGAGUGCUCAGUAGGAACUCUGGAUUACAUUUUUAAACGAUGCCAGUUGGCACUACAGAAUGUGCAGGGUGACGUGGAGCCCAGAACUGUGCUUUUGAGAUCCCUGGAGGUAUCGGUUGUCAGGCAAGGGGAGGAAAUUCAUAAUGAGGUAGAGUUUGAAUGGCUAAGGCAGUUUUGGUUUCAUGGCCAUCGCUACAAAAAGUGCACAGAUUGGUGGCAUCUACCCAUGUCUGAACUGGAAGGACUGUGGAAAAAGAUGGAAUGUGUGACAAAUGCAGUGCUUUGUGAAAUCAGAAAAGAGGGAUGGCCCAUGGAACAAAAGAACGAAAUCAUAACAGAUUUGCUUGCCUUGCUCACCACGCGACAGGAGCUGCGAAUGGAAUGGUGUAUGAGGUGCCAAUCCCGAAUCGCCCAAAGUUUACCAGAGGACCAGAGACCAAUAUGCUGGCCGUAUUGGGAAGAUGAUGAUCAUGAGAUGCCAUUACCAUUUGAUCUCAGCAGCAUUAUUUUGGAACUCGAAGGUCAGCGCCUGGAAACAAAACCCUAGGGAAGAACACUGCCGUUUGGGUUGAAACCAUGUUUUUAACAAAGGAAAACCUUCAGCUAUAGAAUCCAGACUCGGCCAUAGGCUCAGGCAAGGACGCCAGUGAGAAUUUCAGAGACCCCAACUGUCCACCUAGUCACUGGAUUAUGAGAACCAUCUACCUUGUAACAGCAAAGGAAUGGGGCCCCCAAAUAUAAGAGCUCUGAACUGA